UUGUUGAAACGCAUCAAUCGUUGUCAGAGACAUCUACAAACAAAGUUUUUGAGGUCAGGCACGAUGGAAGUGAGAAUUUAGCAUCUUGUGUUGAUUUUAAACCGGGAGUUAUGGCAGGCCAAGAACAAUGUCAAACUGAUGCAAGUUCCCAAGUUGAAACUAGUGACAUUAGUUUGGAUAAAAUCUUGAAAAAUGCGGAUGAUGGUGAUUGCGUUGGGAUGGAAAAAAAGAUCACUUUGCUCGAAUUUCUUGCCGAAACCAGUUGUGGCGCUUUGGAUGGUGAUAAAAUGGAUAAAAAAUCUAAAGGAAAAUUAGGAACUCAAAUUGACCGUGAUGCUACUAAGAACAGUUCGUUUCAUAAAAGUCAUAAAAAUGUGGCUGAAAAGGUUCGAUUGAACAUCCCAUCCACUACAGAAUGUUGUGCUGUUGAUACAACUGGUCAAACUCAAUUUAACACUGCUUGUACAAACUCAGUUUUAGUUACGGACGAUUUAAAGAGUUCUGAAAAGUGCACAGAAAACACCCUGAGAAGAAAAUCUCAAGAUAUUGAUGACUCAGCAAAGCCCGUAAUUUGUGACUCAUCAUUUAGCAGUUUAGAUCAUGAGAAUUUUGUGAUAAAUUGCAUGAAACGGUGGAAAAACCAAUGUAUAACAUGGGAUCCUGCACGAGUGUUGAAAAGCUCCACAGAGCGAAAACGUACUCCACAUUAUUCUACACUGGAGGGCAUACCUGAGCACUGUAUUGUUAACGGUGUCUGGCCCACCCAAAGUGAAAACAGUUCAAGGAAAUUAGAAAACUUGCUGCGAGUUUUCAUUUACUUUUCACGGGAGCUUCAUGGAAAGGAAUGGAGUUUAAGAUCAUUGGAACUUUGUGAAAAUUUGACUCACGUGACUUUAGUGAGAUGUGGAUUAGCAUCGCUUCACGGGAUACAGUGCUGUCGUAAUUUGAAGCACAUCGAUGUUUCCCAAAACAAAAUUUCAUCUCUUUCUCUCGACGGAAUGUUCCGGAUAAAAUCUCUCGUUGCCGCCAGCAACCGUUUAACAUCAACCAAUGGUGUUCAAGGCUGCACUGGUCUGGUACAUUGUGAUUUAUCAAAUAACAAUAUUACAAAGAUUACUGGUGUGGAAGAUUGUAUUGAUCUCACCCAUUUAAAUUUAUCAAAUAACCAGUUGAUAAAACUGAGCGGUCUUGAAAAUUCAAAACAUCUCAUUUUUCUCGAACUUUCAAACAACCACUUAUCCUCCAUGCAUGGUUUAAAUGCUUGUGGCUUACUUCGUUAUUUGGAUGUUUCUUCGAAUAAUUUUAUGAAGCUUGUGUUUGAACAACUUGGAAACCUGGUUUUAUUGGAUCGUUUAAAUUUAUCGCGCAAUAAUAUAAGUGAAGUGAAAUUAGACCCAGAAACAUCUUAUGUCUGGCUGCCAUGUUUGACUCAGUUGGAUUUGAAUCGAAACAAAAUUUCUGAGGAGACAUUUCAAGUUACCACCUUAAAAACAAUGCCACUGUUACAAAUGGUUGAUUUUUCUGAAAAUUUUAUUGCUGAUUCAGAAACGCUAACGGAAAGUGUCAAAAAUCUUCCGAAUUCUGUACAGUUCAAUUUUGUUUCAACUGAAGCGAUCGAAAAUCCGAGAUUUUUAAAAUUCUUGGAUGCUGCACCGGAUUCUGGAUUAGUUUCUCUAAAAACUGUCGCACAAAACAUUGUCUCGUAUAAACAUUUGCUUUCAAGUGAAAAGUCUGAAUCGUUAACACUCCAUAAAGUUCCCAGGGAAGACCAGUUCAAACCAGAUUUUGUGACAAACCAUUGCGAUUACUUGGUCAAACAUUCUGAACUGGCUGCAAAACACAGGUGUUGGUUUGAGAACAAAGUUUCGUGCCAGGAAAAUCAAAGCAAAGAAUUUCAAGAAAGUUUCUCAAAACCAUUAAAAGAUAAACAAGAAGAAACGGUAAAGAAACCAAUUUUAAACGAAGAUGUCACAAAACUGAAGGUUUCUGCAGCUGUUAAAAUCCAGACAUACUGGAGAGUGUUUUCGGCAAAACGGCAAUAUCAAAAAUGUUGUUUAAUUCGAGAAAAUGCAGCCGUAAUAAUCCAAUCUACAUGGAGAGGAUUUAUAGUGAGAAGGUCGAUUAAAAAAGCUCUUAAAUCCUUCCAGAGCGAAGAUACAACUGAAAAUUAUGAUGAUUUUGAAGAAAUUGAUAUUUCCGAACUUCAUUUUGACGAAGAAAAAUAUGACCACAAGUGGGCAUACAAGAGAAGCCCAGUGGUGCCAGAUAUUUCUCCAAAUUUUGAAACAAGGGAAACACUGAAGUCACCACAAAGUGAUCAUGGAUUUGGGAGAAACUCAUCGUUGUUAACAAGAACUCCAUUACCUCCAAUACCAACAGCUAAUUCGGAAGGUGCAGCGAGAUAUGAGAAUAGUGAAUAUGAUGUCAUAAACCAAAUUUCCAGUAGAUCUGGAAACUCAAUCACGUCGUCGAGCAAAAUGAAACUUGCAAGCGAGUGGGGGAUCCAUAAUUCGGAGACGACAGAACUUCUUCUUAGAAGAAGAAGACGAUUAAAAGGGAAGCGAGUCAACAUCCAGGGAGCAGAAGAUAAACUCAAAAAAUUUCAAACGAUCAAAAAUAAAAUUCCUCUCCAAACGUUUCCGCAAAAGAAACCUGCAGCAAAUAAAAUUGAUUAUUUUAAAGCACAAGAAAGUGGAUGCAAUCGGAAACCAAACAAAACUUCGAACAUGGAUGAACAAAGAAAUCAUUACACCUACCAAUGGUUGCACUCGGAAGCAAACUUCCCAACUUCCCCCAAGCCUCCUCUUGAUCCAAAAUCAUCAUCCAGGACUCGGAUUCUUCUUCCAAACAUCCCAAAUCCUCCCGGAUCAAAACAAGAUCCUCUCGAGAUUUUAUCGGUGAGCAGUCUUUCAAGUUCUCGUCGGCACCGAAGUAAUCAUUUGUUGCACGAUAUAGUAAAAAGGCAUGCAGCUGGAAGUUGAUGGACAUUUAAAGUUGUGUCAUUUAUAACAACAUUGUGAUAAAACUGGCGGAGCAACACUACAUGAAAUGAUAGCCGUCAUUAAAAAAGUUUGUAAACUGGAAGUGAUCGGGUGUGAAUUAAAGCGAGAACAAAUAUAGAAAAACUGUACACAAACAGUGGAUACGAAAAUGUAUUUUUAUUUGUUUUGUCUUUUAAAUCUGUUAAAUAUUUGAAUUUCUUGUUUGCAUUAAAGUAUAUAUCUGUGUUUCAUUUUUAAGAAUAUUGUGUUAUUUUAUUUGCAAAUACAUUAAACUUACAAGAAUGUA